AUGCUCCGCCGCCUGUCGCAGAGUGCGGGUCGCCCCCGUGUGAAGCAUGUGCCGUCCACGCCGAGCUUGCGUGUGGCUGAGGCGGCGCCUCUGGUUCCCGCGCGCUCGCUCGUGUCGACUGUGCUGCUCACCGCCGAGGGCUACGAGUCGAAGCAGGUCACCGAGCUGCGCGCGCUGCUGCGCCAGCGCAACCUCGCCUCGUCCGGCCGCAAGGCCGAGCUUGUGCAGCGCCUGAAGCAGAACGAUAUGCAGCGCUCGGGCUCGACGCUCGCGGCCGCUGCGCCCAAGACCUCGAAGCCGAAGCCCAAGACCAAGGCCGUCCCGAAGGGCAAGGAGGCCGCCGAGAUCGCCGCGGCCAAGAUGCCCGCCGCGCCGCUCGAGCCGGGUUCGGUGAGCAGCCCGACGGCAGACGUCGACGGCACGCUCGGCAAGGCGUCGCCGUCCGCGACGAUCGUGCCGCCCCACGAGCCGACGACGCCCCCGGGCCGUCCGUCGCAUAAAGCCGAUCCGGUCCGCGACACGUUUAGCAUCAAGGUGCCGUUUGAGGAGCCCGUCGAGCCCGUCGCACAGUACAUCCCGUCGAUCAAGGCGUACGUCGACCCGACGCAGGACUACAGCGACUCGUACAAGGAGGAGUGGCACAUGCCGCACGUUCCCCGCGUCCACCGCCUCGGCGCGGGCGACUCGGUGCUCUCGUCCGAGGCCUCGUUUCUGGAGCCCGCCGAGCCGACGGCCUCGCCCGGCGUCCUCGCCGAGCUCACUGCCGACUUCCUCCCGGGCUCGGUGCAGCGCAGCGCCGAGUCCAGCUGGACGCGCUUCCAGCGCGCGACGGGCGGCCUGGUCAGCGACGUGCUUGCCGACCUGAAGCGCGUCACGCCGCUCGACCCCAUCGCCCCUCAGUCGAACGCGCGCCCGUCGGCGCGCCGCCCGCUGAACGAGGAGGAGCGCACCGGCGCUGUGGUGCUCGGUGGCGUGGUGCUCACCGGCUUUGCGCUCGGCGGCAUUGCGGCAACCGAGGAGAAGGAUGUCGUCGCUGAGAAGAAGCCUGCCGGCUACGAGCCGCCGCACUAUCUACACGGAGGCCAGAUUGUGGGUGGCGGUGUGCGCAAGGUAUAA